CUAAUAAAGCAAUUAAGACUCUGAAAAGGCACGACACUUCCACGUGUUUUGUAAACUCGGAUAUACUGCGUUCGCCUGGGCAGCUUUGGAUUACUGUCAGGCUUUAAGCAUCUGCCGCUGAACGACGCGGAAGGAAGUUGGUCAGUCGUUAACUGGUAAACCAAUCAAUCCGAAACACCGGCUAACACAGACAGCGAACGUUAGCAAGUGGCGGUAAAGUAGCUCAGAUUGACACAUAUUAUCUUUUGUUUAUUGUGUCGGUGGCCACAGAAGAUUUUAGUUACACCUCCCGAAAUGUCUAUGAGUGCUGUUCACGGGACUCUGUCCAGCCUGAAGUCCUGUCAGGCAGACAUUGCGACGGGCAUGGACAUUGUGACAGAUGUAGCCAUGGACCUGAUGGAGACUCAGGCACAGAACCCAGGGAUCAAAGAGUUGGAGGCCACGAUUCUGGAGUGUGCAAGGCUCGACAGAGAGAUUAACUACUUUGUUGAUACUGUGCAGCAAGUCACAGCUGAGGUUAACGCACAGCAGCCGGAGGCCAUGUUCUGCCUGUCUGAUAAAGUGAAGGAGCGGUUCACACACAGAAUCGCUGAGCUCUCGGAUGCCGAGCUGCACAAUCACCAGAAAGUAAUGGCCUUCAAAGAAAGCAUCAAAAACUCUUCCAAACAAGCCAAUGAAGAAACAUCAGAGGACAUGCUGGAUGAGGACAUCUCUGUCACGCAAACCCAAGUCAACUUUACCUGCCCGCUCACACAGGCGGAAAUGGUGAACCCGAUGAAGAAUAAAAACUGUCAGCACCACUAUGACGAAGGAGCAAUCCUGGGCCUGAUCAGGAAAAGACACAGCCAGAGAAAGAAGUGCCGUUGUCCCGUGGUGGGCUGUGGAAACGCCGACGUCAAGGAGUCAGACCUCAUUCCCGACCAGGUUCUGAGGAGAAGGAUUCAGAGCCAAAAGAGGCUGAGCAACAAGACUUAGUUCUCUUCAUCUCCAUGAUCUGUAUUAUUCUUCAUGAAAUCUGAACAUUGAGCCAUAAAUCUGAGGUUGCCAGACUUGUGCAUACACUUUUAAAAAGUGAUCGAUCUAUUUUCAUUCUGAGGUUUGUUCUUCUGACAUUACUUGCCUCUCAGUUGAAUCUAUUUUUUGAUGCAAUGCCUUUUUAUGUUUUUAUGGAAUUGAAAUAAAAAGUUGAUAUGUUUGUAUAAAUGAUAAAUCACUCUUGUGUACCUGAUGCAGUAAGUUAACUGAACCACUAGAGGGAGAUGUUUGUUCAAACUCAGCAUUAGAGUAAACCUGAGGUCUAUAACCUUUCUCAAAGAGCCAAACAUUUUUUUAACCUUCAGAAUAACGAUCUCCUAUACAUUUCUAGUUUUUGUUUCAACAUAACUGACAUUUAAACUGUAAUGGCAAAAGUCAACACUAUUAAUGUAUAAAGAAAAAAAAAAAAAA